UGUGAGAAGUAUGGGUUCCAGUUUGACAAUACCAUUCGUUACUGGGACUUGAAGUACUACAUGACAAUGUCAGAGGAGAAGAAAUAUGCCGUGGAUCAAAACAAACUCAAGGAAUAUUUCCCUAUGCAAGUUGUUACCAGUGGAUUACUGGACAUUUACCAGGAGCUCCUCAGCCUGAAGUUUGAGAAGUUGGAUGGUGCUCCAGCAUGGCAUGAAGAUGUUACCAUGUACAGUGUUACCUGUAAUGAAUCCAGAGAACUGUUGGGAUACUUUUACCUGGAUCUUUACCCAAGAGAGGGGAAAUAUGGCCAUGCAGCAUGUUUUGGACUUCAGCCUGGAUGUGUACAGUCCGAUGGGGAGAGACAGGUGUCUGUAGCUGCAAUGGUGGCCAACUUCACCAAACCCACAGCAGACAAACCCUCUCUACUAACUCAUGAUGAGGUAGAGACUUACUUUCAUGAGUUUGGUCACGUCAUGCAUCAGAUCUGUGCCAAGGCAGACUUUGCAAUGUUCAGCGGUACCCACGUGGAACGUGACUUUGUGGAAGCUCCAUCUCAGAUGUUGGAGAACUGGUGUUGGGAGAAGGAGCCAUUGUCCCGGAUGUCCUCUCACUACAAAGAUAACAGUGCCAUUCCAGAGGAACUGCUCGGCAAACUCCUCCAAAGUCGCAUUGCGAAUGCAGGAGUUUUCAACCUUCGCCAAAUCUUGCUUGGCACCUUUGAUCAAACUAUUCAUACACAGGCAGAGGCUGAUACAGCUACAUUGUUUGCCAGUCUUUCUAAGGAAAUUCUAGGUAUUGAGUCGACAGUGGGAACUAAUAUGCCUGCUUCAUUUGGUCAUCUGGCAGGAGGAUAUGACGCUCAGUACUAUGGAUACUUGUGGAGCGAGGUUUUCUGCAUGGAUAUGUUCUACUCACGGUUCAGGAAGGAGGGUAUCAUGAGCCCCAAGGUUGGAGGUGACUACAAGAAAUAUAUUCUACGCCCUGGUGGCUCCAUUGAUGCUGCUGACAUGCUGCGGAACUUCCUUGGGCGUGACCCCACACAAGAGGCCUUUCUUAUCAGUAAGGGUCUUCAGUCCUCUACAAAUCUCUAAGCUGUCAUCGCUGACAUGUAUAGCAAUCAGGGAAUUCUUGUAAUAGACAUGUACAAGUAUCUUUGAUUACAAAGCAGAAAAAUUAAUUUCACAAGUUAAUGAAGUAAUUUUUUGUUGUUAAUUUAUAUUCAAGUCACAACUGUGAUAUGA